CAGGAGCCCGUCGACGCCCACGGCGGACCUGCAGGCCAUAGACCUGGAGCGCUCGUUUGCCGCGUCCUCCGCCACGCCUGUACCCCAGGACGGCAGCCUGCCGCCGUCCUCCGCGGAAGAUGCCCCGCUGCAGGAGGCCUCCGCGCGGCCCGCGACGCCGCCCCGGACGCGGCCCGGGUCUUCACGAAGUACGGGUGCAACAUCAGCCGCAGGCGGUGACGUGAGAGUUUCGCAGCAGGUCUUCGUGAGCCUGGAGAAGGAGACUUCACGCACCACGUGCAGACCGUGUCGAUCGACUCGCUGGAGGAGGAGACUCCCCUGCGAGGAAGAUGCACCCCGCGAACGCCCUGGUGAACACCGCGGCGUCGGGGUUCUCCUCCGGCGUGGCCUCGUUCGUCGUCGAGCACCUGCUGCAGCCCACGACGUGGCAGCCGGACCCAGUGGAGG